AGGGGGCGUGUGUCAGAGGCUCAUGGCUGCACGCUAAAUAGCGAGCAUGAAGUGAACUGUUAAUAACAUAAUAUAAUAUUCCAGUUUUUCGCUGGUUUCUCCGCCGUCAGUCGUACAUAAUGGCUUCAGAGGAAGACGCCACGCUGCUGUUUCUCAUCUUCCAGCACCUCAAGGUGCACGGAUACAAGAAAGCUGCCAAGGUGCUGGAGAAACACAUUGCUCAGGUGGAAACACCAGAGGAGACCCCCAAUCUUCAUGAGAUCUACUCAGGCUGGAUGAAGCUGUACUCUCUAGCUCAGGAUGCCAAGCAGGAGACAGAAGACGCCGCUCACCUGAAGAAGAACGGCAUCAAACCAGAACCUGCCACCAGCGAAGAAGAAGAUGUCGCAGACGCCAAAGUCAACAACAUCACCCAGGAAAAUCAUGUGGAUGCAAAACCUCCAGCUGAGUCCAGGACAGACGUUAAGGAGUCUGCGGAGGUGCUCGGUGAGGAGAGAGAAGAGGAGUCGGUCUCUGAGCAGCUGCUACCUCCUGCAGGGGAAACAAAAACAACAGACCCAGAGAGUGAGGAAGGAGAAAAGAAAGAGGAGGAAACGAUUGCAGAGGAACAG